AGUGGCUUCAGAUCUGAGCAUCAGAGACAUGAAGAAGAAAAUCACCAGCGUUCUGGCGCUUUCUGCGUUACUGACUCUGACGUGCUUCACCGUGUUUUUACUCCACAGCAAAGACACUUCUUUGGUUUUUCCUUCCGUGCCACAACAGGUGGUGAAAGGAAAGAGCGUUUUUGGAAAGAUGAUGGAUCGUGUUUGGGUAAAGAAGAUCCCAGACGUCUCCCGGAAAACAGCAGCGACCUCGGCUCAACCGGCUCCGCCUCUGGAUCCGUGUCCCGACUCGCCUCCGUCUCUGGUGGGUCCGCUUCUGGUUGAGUUUAAAACUAAUCGCAGUCUGCAGUGGGUCAGGAACCAGCUGGGAUCGGUGCUGCAGCAGGGAGGCCGGUACAAACCCCCGGACUGCACCGCACGGCAGAAGGUGGCUGUCAUCAUCCCGUUCAGAAACCGGUAUGAACACCUGACCCACUGGCUCUACUACCUCCAUCCGGUCCUGAUGCGUCAGCAGCUGGACUACGGUGUGUACGUCAUCAACCAGGACGGAGACGGAGCGUUCAACCGGGCCAAGCUGAUGAACAUCGGAUUUGUUGAAGCACUGAAGGAAUACGACUACGACUGUUUUGUCUUUUCUGACGUAGACCUGGUACCAAUAGAUGACAGAAACCUCUACAGAUGUUCUGACCAUCCCAGACAUUUAUCUGUGGCUAUCGAUAAAUUUAACUACAUAUUAUCCUCAGUAACAGCCUUCGGUGGCGUCUCCCUGCUGACAAAGGAGCAGUUCUCGAAAGUCAACGGUUUCUCCAACACUUUCUGGGGCUGGGGUGGCGAAGACGACGACCUGUACAACAGAAUCACCGUAAGAGGAAUGUCCAUAACUCGGCCGGACGCUGGGAUUGCAAAAUACAAAAUGAUCAAACAUGGAAGAGACUUGCACAAUGAGGUGAAUCCAGAAAACGCUGUCAAAACACAAAAAACGGCAGAGAAUAUUGAGACUGAUGGACUAAACUCACUCAACUUUACAGUGAACGAGAUUUUGAAGGACGUCUUGUUCACUUUAAUCUCUGUGGACGUUCAGGCUCCAUCACAGUGACUUAAACACUGGAUCUUACUUGAAAUGGUGGCAGCUUAUGGCUUUGUUCCGAUAGGUGUGUGUGUUUUCCUGAACGAGGCCUGGGUUCAUUAUCUUGGAAAAUAACAAUCAAGAUAUGAAAGUGAAAGGUAGCACAAGUUAAAUGUAUGAACUUUGGUUACCAGAAAGCACAGAUACUUUUUACCCAACUGAUUUUCUCAGCCAACAAGAAGUCGUUUUUCAUGCUGGUUACAAACACAAUAACACAUAUUUAUGCAUAAAUAAGAUACUGACUAUGUAGUGUUACAUUUUUUGUGGUCAGAUUCUGUCUGAUAAAGAUGUGAGUAGCUCGAGAAGAAAGCUCCACAUUUGGUAUGUUACGGAACAGAGGUGGUUUUUAAUGACGUGUUUUGUAGUUCGAAGCUGUUUUACUGUAAAAGGUAAAGAAUGUAGGUAGAACAGCAGAACAAUGUGAGAAUAAGGAGAUAAUUUAAAUGCACAAAUAAUAUGUUGAUGUUCUGGCAUGUUUUGCUGUUAUAGUGUGUUUUUAUUCCACCAUCCCACAACUUGUGAAAAAAUAACCUUUUUCAAAAAAUG